AAUUUGCCAGGACUUCCUGUGAGUGAACGAAAUAAUAAAAGUCACAACUUCAGUUGCGUUUUGUAGGGUAAUGAUAACACUUGCAAAGCUUAUGAUUUCAAAUGGAUAGCAGCGAGGAUGAUAUGAAAGAAGAUGAAACCGAGUGGAAGAGCACUUUCGUGGAUUCAGCGGCUGUCAGCUCCGCUGCGUCUGUUCCUGGACCUAACACCAACAUAACACCAGGACCUGCAGACAGAGUCAUUCUGCAUUUUGACCUGGACUGCUACUAUGCUCAGGUCGAAAUGAUCAGAAACCCAGCACUGAAAGAUGUCCCUUUAGGUAUUCAGCAGAAAUACAUAAUCGUCACAUGUAACUAUGUGGCAAGGGAGCGAGGUGUCACCAAGCUGAUGUCUGUUACUGAUGCUAAGGAGAAAUGUCCUGAGCUUGUGCUGGUUAAAGGAGAAGACCUGACACACUACAGAGAAAUGUCCUACAAAGUCACAGAGCUGCUGAUGUCUCACUGUCGACUGGUAGAAAGACUUGGAUUUGAUGAAAACUUCAUGGAUGUCACAGAGAUGGUUGAACACAGGCUUGCUCAGACAAAUGAAUCUGACAGCAUUUCAUUUAAAGGACAUGUCUACAAUGACUUUAGUGCAGAUGUUGUUAAAGCGAGCGAUCAUGUGAGGUUGGCUGUAGGUUCACACAUUGCAGCAGAGUUGAGAGAAGCUAUUCACAGCAAACUGGGCCUGACUGGAUGUGCUGGCAUUGCCACAAACAAACUGCUGGCCAAACUGGUUUCAGGCACCUUUAAACCCAAUCAGCAAACCAUUCUGCUACCAGAGAACAUUAGUGACAUCAUGGGCUCUCUAAGUGGUCUACGAAAAGUACCAGGGGUAGGCUAUCAAACUGCAAAGAGACUUCAAACUCUGGGAUUAGUCAGUCUGAAGGAUCUACAGCUUUACCCUCUGAAUGACUUGGUAAGAGAGUUUGGAAGUGCCAGUGCUCAGCGUUUGAAGAACCUGGUUCUUGGCAUUGAUGACUCACCUGUCACCCCCACUGGGGCCCCUCAGUCUCUCAGUAAUGAAGACUCCUUCAAAAAAAUGUCUUCUACCACAGAAGUUUUGGAAAAGAUUCAUGAGCUCUUGGGCAGUCUAGUGGAAAGGAUGCACAAGGAUGGCAGGCAGCCACAGACCUUCAGGCUCACAGUUCGUAAAUAUUCAGCAACCAACAAGUGGUUCAAUCGGGAAAGCCGGCAGUCCCCGAUCCCGAGCCACAUCGGACAGAAGAUCACCUCUGGCAGCAUGGACGAUGCUGUGGUCCAACUGGUCCCACUGGCCAUGAAGCUUUUUCACAAAAUGGUGAACAGUAGUGUUCCCUUCCACCUCACUCUCAUUAAUGUCUGCUUUAGUAAUCUGCAGACCAGAGGAGCUGCCGUCGGCGGGAAGGGCUCCAUAACAUCCUUCUUCACACAGAAUUCAUCUCCCAGAAAAAUGCAAAGCCAGGAUGAGUCAUUUCAGAAUCCCAAGAGUCCCUCCCUGGAUCAUGAAGGCAGCACAUGUAACAUAAUUACUCAACACAAAACACAAGUCACCACAAACAGCUCUUCUAGCUCCAAGGCAGCAUUACAUGGAUUCAAAUGGAAACAAAGUUCUGUUGUUGCUGUAGAAGAGAAUCCAAAAGCAUCCUGCAGCACAUCGGGAUGCUUCUCCGAUGAAACAAAUAUGACUGUAACACAUCGAUUGCCACCAAAUGUUGACCCUGAGGUGUUUAAUCUCCUUCCUGAGGAUAUCCAGAAGGAGCUGCUGUCUCCUGCCUACCUAAACUCCUUGUCUGACAGGUCUGCCAGUCUGUUAGAUGCUAAUGAACCCCUCGUUUCAGAAAUCAAGUCUUCACAGCCAUUUACAGACUCCCAAGAUAUUCAAGAAAAAGAGUCUGCAAAAAUAUUGGAUGCAUCCGACAGAGCGACCACAGUGAAUCACCAGUGGCCUGUGAGCAUAAGUGGAGUUCACGGAGAAGAUGUAGUGGAGAACGAGAAAAUGUCAUUCCCCCAGUCUUCUGACUGCAAGUUUCCAGGAAAUGUGGACCCUGAGGUGUUUUCUGAGCUUCCGCCGGAUGUUCAGAGGGAGCUGAUGUCCGAAUGGAAGCAGCAGAAGCCGGUUCUGAAGACUCCUUCGUCCAGAAAACCAGGGAGAAGUUUUUUGACCAAAGACAGAAAGGCUGCAGGUAAAGGCAGCCAGACAAAUAACUUGUUCAAGUAUUUCAAACCCAGUUAGAGAAUGAUAUUGACCUGAUGGCUGUGAUUAAGAUGACCUAAUCAUUUAUUUUUUCUAAGAGAGAAGUUAUUAUAUUUUACUGCUGAGCUCUUCUAAUGUAAUGAGAACAAAAAAUAAACAUUUAACUGCGCUGCUUAGCAGUCAAGUUCUCUUCAAGUUAGCAAAUAUAAAGAUUUUUUAAGAUUGUAAAAGUUGUUGAUUUAAAAAAAAGUAACAGACUUCCUGACUCUUGUAUGUUCUUAGAUUUAUUCACAAAACACAAAAUACACAAAAAUACAAAGUUGACCUGAAAGUGCUUGUUUUAUUCAUUUCUUUCUAACUUAAGCACAGGGGUUAAGAUUAAAGUCUUGAGCUUCAAGUUCAUUGUUUUCUUAUUGUUAAAACACCGUUUAGAAAAGCAGGAUUAUGCGGCUGAGCCUUGAGAAGUGGGGCCCAUUCCUUGCUUGAAUGUUUUCCACUGAUUUCCACAGAGGCACACAUUAUUUGUCGAAACAAUCCAGUGUUCACAGAGGCUUUUUUUCCACCCCCUUCAUGAGAAACAGCAAAAAAAAACUAAGUCUAUAAGCACAGCCCCUCUUAAAAUGCCUGAAACUCCUCCCUGGAU